AUGAACCCUGUCAACACCAAACCAUACGCUUUGCCAGCGGAAGCAACUUGGUUGAUUACCGGUUGUUCCUCUGGCAUCGGCAAGGCACUUUCAACUUUGAUUGCAAGCAAGCCGUCAUAUCGUUUGAUCGCCACAGCCCGCAAGCCUGAGGACUUAUCUUACUUGCCUGAAAACAAUGCUAAUAUCCUCAAACUACCCUUGGACGUUACUUCUCCCACUUCAGUCAAUAAAGCCUUUGAUGCCGCAGCAACUCACUUCGGCCAAGGCUUUCACCUAGAUGUAGUCAUCAACAAUGCCGGGUACUCGCUCUCGGGCGACACAGAGUCAGCAACUGAGGAGGAGACGCACCUGGAGAUGGAGACAUUGUUCUUUGGCGCUGCACGCGUGACUACACGGGCUAUUGGCAUCAUGCGGCAGCACCCAGAGCACAGAGGCGGCAUUAUCUUCAACAUUUCAUCCCUUGCCGGCCAGCUCGGCUUUCCGGGCCACGCCUACUACCACGCGGGCAAAUGGGCACUCGAAGGGUGGUCAGAAUCUGUAGCGAGGGAAAUGCACCCCGACUGGAACAUUAAUUUCUGUAUCUUGGAGCCCGCUGCCGUCAAAACCAACUUUGAGGGUCACAGCAAGGCCCGUACUGCCCCACAUGCGGCUUAUGCAGCGGCUGAUAUGCCCGCUCGUAUACUGGAGAAGUAUGUGAAUGCGGGCCUCAAAAAGGGAGUUGGGGCAGAGCCUUCUGCUGUUGCGGAAACAAUACAUGGGAUUGCAAGCUCCGGAGGGAAAAUUCCGCUGCGUGUUCCUUUGACUGGCAACGCGUGGAACAUGAUCAGGGGUAAAUUUGAAAGCUUCUUAAACGACCUUGAUGAGGUCAAGGAGAUCAGUGCUAUGGGGCAGCCAAUUUGA